AUGCUUUUCAAUCCCUUGCUAUAUUUAUUCCUUAGCGCAGCAGGUGCCUGGACCCCACAGUCCAGAGCGGCUGCAAAUGCCAGAGGAGAGAAGCUCACCGAGCGACGCCUAUUGGACGACGAAAAGAUCCGUGGCGUCAACUUGGGCUCGCAGUUUAUUAUUGAACGAUGGAUGGCCGAAGAUUCAUGGAAGACCAUGGGCUGCAGUGCUUACAACGAUGAAUGGGCAUGCGUCAAGGGUAUAGGUCAAGCCAAAGCCAACGCCGCCUUUAAAAAGCACUGGGAGACCUGGAUCACAGAAGACGAUAUAAAGGAGAUCGCCAGCCUUGGCCUCAAUGCCGUUCGUAUUCCUGUCGGAUACUGGAUGUACGAAGACAUUAUCCAAGAAGGAGAAUACUGGCCCCGUGGCGGUAUCUGGCAUCUCGAUCGAAUCGUAGGCUUGUGUAAGAAAUAUGGCAUUUACGUGCUUAUCGGUCUUCACUCUGGUCCCGGGAUCAGUUCUCCAAACGAGCAAUUCACAGGUCAUUCCGUGCCAAACCCUGGAUUCUAUACUCCAGAGAACUACGAGCGAGCUUAUCGGUUUCUCGAGUGGAUGACGAAGCGGAUCCAUACUAACGGCAACUACACCACUGUUGGGAUGCUCGAGGUUUUGAACGAGCCUGUGCAUGUAGCAAAGUGGAAGGCCGAGGCAGCUGAUAUGAUCAAGAAUUACUAUCCGAAUGCUUUUAAGCGCAUCCAAGCUAUGGAGGGCUACCUAAAGGUUGCUAGCGCUGACCGCUUACACAUCCAAUUCAUGGGCAAGUCCUGGGGAUCAGGAGACCCAAGGACCUAUCUCCCAGAUGAUGAGCACGUAUUCUUCGAUGCGCAUCGAUACCUGAGCUUCGAUAAUAGGAUCGCCGGUAACAAGAAAGCCUACAUCCAAACUGCCUGCAAAGAUGACAUGGGGAGACAUGUCUUUGUUGGUGAAUGGUCUCUGUCAGUGAACAGUACCUUGAAGAAUACGGACGAGUUCAAGGUGAAUGGACAAGAAACAUGGUAUAAGGCCUAUUGGGCUGCACAGGCAGAGUCCUUUGAGAAGUCUGAUGGGUGGUUCUUUUGGUCUUGGAAGUGUGACGGUAAAUUGGGCAAACAAGACUGGCGAUGGUGCUACCAGUCUGCGGUUGCUGCCGGCGCUAUUCCUAAGGAUGCCAGCAGCGCAGCGACUUUGAGCCCUUGCGAUAGCCUUGCAAAAAAGACCCUGGAAGUUUCCCAGGGUUUCACAUACACUUACUACGUCUCCCAUUCCAAGGCUGAAAAGCCGACGAUCAUUCUUUUCCAUGGUUGGCCUGACUCAGCGAAGCUUUGGAAUGGAUUGAUGAGCAAUUAUCUUGUACCAAAUGGAUACGGCGUCGUUGCGCUGGAUUGUCUGGGAUAUGCUGGCACUUCUAAACCAACCGACCUGGAGGCAUAUGCAUGGCAGCACAUGACAGCUGACGCUAUCGAAAUCCUCGAUGCCGAGAAGGUGGAUAAGGUUAUUUCUCUUGGCCACGACUGGGGUAGCGCUAUGUGUCAGCGCCUGUACAACUUUUACCCUAAUCGUGUCAUUGGUCUUGUCAUGAUCAACGUCGCGUACAUUGCCCCAGGAGGAAAAUUCGAUCUUGAAGAAACGAACAAGACGGCGAAGGAGAAACAUGGCCAUGGCGUCUACGAGUACUGGCAUUUCUUUACCGCCGAAGACUCAACAGCUAUCAUGACCAAGAACGUCGAGUCAGUAUAUAGUGUCGCGUUCGGCGAUCCUUAUACGUGGCUGGACAACUGGGUUAGCCCAGGCGGCAUGCGCAAAUUCGUUACCGAAGGUCGCACGCAGCCAACUCUACCAUUUACCACCCCCGAGCAUAGAGCAGACUUUAUGGAAAGAUAUGCCAAGGAGGGUGGAUUCGAUGCACCAAGCUGCUGGUACAAAGCCUUCGUGGCUAAUGUUCAGAGUGCGUCAGACAGAAAUGUUUCUGAGGAUGCUAAGACUGUCAAUGUUCCGGCGCUUUUCUGGGGCGGAGAGCAGGACUUUGUGUGCCGUCCUGCUGCGCUCCAGGACUCGAUUGAUGACGGAUACCUACCGGAUGUUAAGUCUGUUGUCAGAGAAGGAGGGCACUGGGCACUGCUUGAGAAGCCGGAGGAGUUUGGUCAGGAUGUGCUUCAUUGGUUGGAGUCAACUACGUUUGCGAAGUAA